GAUGGGCCGGCCCGGCUCUCCCUGCCGAGAAAUGGGCCGGCCCGGCUGCGCGCGGGCAGCAGCGGCGGCGGCGGCGGCCCAAGAUGGCGGAACUGCAGCUGGACCCCGCGAUGGCGGGGCUGGGAGGGGGCGGCGGGAGCGGGGUGGGCGACGGGAGUGGCCCAGUCCGCGCGCCCCCCAGCCCACGCCCGGCUGGCCCCACGCCCCGCGGGCAUGGCCGCCCGGCUGCUGCCGUCGCGCAGCCGCUGGAGCCGGGUCCCGGACCACCCGAGCGGACAGGGGGCGGCGGCGCGGCCCGCUGGGUCAGACUGAACGUGGGAGGCACCUACUUCGUGACCACCAGACAGACCUUAGGCCGGGAGCCCAAGUCAUUCCUCUGCCGCCUCUGCUGCCAGGAGGACCCGGAGCUGGACUCAGACAAGGAUGAGACAGGAGCCUAUCUGAUUGACAGGGACCCCACCUACUUUGGUCCUAUCCUAAACUACCUCCGCCAUGGGAAACUCAUCAUCACUAAGGAGUUGGCAGAAGAAGGUGUGCUGGAGGAAGCGGAGUUUUACAACAUCGCGUCCCUUGUGCGGCUGGUUAAGGAAAGGAUACGGGACAAUGAGAACAGAACUUCACAAGGCCCCGUGAAGCACGUGUACAGAGUCCUGCAGUGUCAGGAAGAAGAGCUCACGCAAAUGGUGUCCACGAUGUCCGACGGCUGGAAAUUCGAACAGCUCAUCAGCAUCGGAUCUUCCUAUAACUACGGCAAUGAGGAUCAGGCAGAAUUCCUCUGUGUUGUCUCCAGAGAACUAAAUAAUUCUACCAACGGCAUCGUCAUAGAGCCGAGCGAAAAGGCGAAGAUUCUUCAGGAGAGAGGAUCGCGGAUGUAAACUAAGACCCCGAAAACUCCAGACCUUCAGGAGAGCAGUCAGCAGAGCCCCUCUGUGAAGUGAAACCUCGCUCCUGUCCAGUGACCGAGCCACUGCAAAGCACAGCUGAGCCUGGCCCCCUGUGAAGAAGUGUUCUGGUCAAAACUAAAGGAACUCGCUCCCCACCUGCAGGACUCCGAAGACAGAUGCGACUUCCGGCUGCAGAAUACCUUUUCAGAAACCUGCUUUCAUUUGCUUAGCCAGUGUUAGAUCUUUACAACAGCAGCUGGGCUGGGUUCCCAGUCGGAGCCUUUUGGGGAUCUGGGGGAUGAGGGCGGAAGGCCUGGCUCCUUGGAAAUGGCCUGUACUUUAAGGAAGCUGAAGCAAAGAGGAUUGUUCCUGUGCCGUGCCAUGGUUUCACCCUAUGUGUGCCACAUUGGACGUUAGCAGCUGCUUCGGAACACCGUCCCUCCUAUGCACCCUCCAAGACCUGCAGCAGAUGCAAAGGGUUCUAGCUGCAGUUUGUCGACUUGAGGUUUUAGGUAAAGCAUAGAGUUGCCAGAGUACCCCGCAUUCCCAUGAAUAGGGCCUCCAAGGAAAGGGAGGAUGGGGUGUCCUUUGUUGUGAUUGGAGGUUGGUGAUCAUUGCUCUGGAUUUGGGGCUCCCGGCUGCCACCACAUGCAGCUUUGCCUCAGCUUUCUCCAGCAGCCGGGACCCUCUGGAGAGCUUGUUUUCCCUCUAAGAGGAGGUUUGAGACAGGCGGCGUCCUGCACUGAGUCAGACAGACAAGUGGGAGCUGUAGGAACUGUACCUGCGGCCUCUUCUUACUCCCCAUUGACCCUGUCUUCCUUCCCUGGCUUUUUCAACUGGACCAAAGAUGAAGGCACUUAUGGACCCGUUGAUGGCUUGGAGUGGGGAAGGCUGUUUCUUUGAAAGUUGCCAAAUGUGUUAUGUUGUUGUGUCUCAAAGAGAGUUAUUUCCAUGACUGUCUCUUGGAAAUGCCUUGACUGAAUGUGCAAUAUUUGUGUCUCUUGGUUUCUAACCUUGGUGGACCUGCUCCCCUCUGUACUGUCCCCAGUGGUGUGUAUGUAUGUGCUGGGCAGCCUGGGGACCCCCUGUGUCUCUGACCACCCCUCCCACCCCCGCCAUUACUUUCUUUUCUGGAGUGCCAUGCUGGCGAGGAUCCAGAUGCGGCAGCACCCUCUUUCGGGCUGCAUCCACAGAGUUUGUGUCCACACUUUCUCUCCAAGUAUGUGGGUCUCGCUGAGCAGUCAUGGAAUGCGGUGGAGCCAGGGGACCCUGUCCGCCCCCAAUAACUUUCAGUAGUAUGGCAGAUGGCACAGAGAAAGGGAAGGGGCUCUGGGGACUGCUCCUUCUAUGAAAGCCUCCUCGAGCCACGUGCUUCUGGGCACCUGCAGAAGUGAUGUCCUCUGUGCUCCACAGCUCCCCUGCUUGCCAAGGUACGUCUGGGUAGUAGUUUCUGGAAAUGACUGCAGACUGUGCCAAAUGUCUUUUGAGCUUCUGACCUGACGAUGCCCAGAUGGCUUAACUUUUCCCUAGGACCCUCACUCUCCUUUUGUUUCUCUGUAUCUGUAGCAUAGCAUAGAACCCAGUAUACAGGGGUUUCUGCUGACACAUCAACGUCUACACACCUAUGCGCCACAUUUUACAGCUGUAAAGUGUUAGAUGAACUGCCAUCCUCAGUAAAAGCAGCCACCCCUUCAAGAGUCACAGGCAUCCAUCCAGUCAUAUCUUCCAGAGAAAAAAAAAAGUUAGAUGUAGCCAAGGAAAGUAGUGAUCACGGGAAGGACUGCUCUGAGCCGGGUAGGAUGGAGGACUUUGGAAGAGGCGCUCCUUGGCCAGGUCCAAUGAGUAACAUCAGACUGACAGAGGAAAAGCAGCUUGGUUUGCAGCCUUGUGCCCAGUCUCAUUGAGGCACUUGUCUCUGUCUGCUUUCCUGGGGAAUGCCUGAUCAGCGUGGGCUGGGGCUCCUAGACCAACCCCAGCUUUCUCACCAGGUUCAGCAAGGAGGCCUCGGGGGCAGACACCAAUGUUGAGCACCUUCUGAGGGCGCCGUUUCCUUCAUUCCUCUUAGAUUCCAUAGUUGCCGCCAUGAAAAGACUGCUCUUGAGCCCCAAGGCACAGGCACGUGCUCCGGGAAAUAGACAGGAGUGGUAUUUCUGCCCUCUUGGAGGGCUGGUGUUCACCAAGUUUCCCUCCUCGCUGCAACGCAAUGACACCUGUAUUGUUCCAGCGCUCCAGGACCCUGGUUUCUUAAGAUUUCUGGGAGCGUUGUUCACCCACCCCCUUUAGGAACCAGGCUGGUGUUCUUGCUUGAAAGCCUUGUGCCCUCCGAGUGUCUGGCUGAUCACAUCAGAGAGGUCUGCGUGGCAGUUUGGGGCUGUCACGUGACCAGUGACCCACACUCUGCUGCCCAGUACUUCCAAGUAGGGAGGGUCCUGCCUUUUUCUCUGCCCUAGGUCUGGGACGCAGGUGAUGCCAGCCAGGCCCAGGAGUGCCCAGCAUCCCCCAACUGAUGACACAGUAGCACUGAUUCUGUCUUUUCCUCAGAAUCUGGCCUUUUUCCAUGGCAAUGAGGUGGGGCCCAGCCUCCUCUAAAGUGGCUUUGUUUCUGCACAGUUGUAACUGCUCUUGGGGGUGUCAGUGAGGCUGGGAGCAGGGAGCCACGGGAUGCUGAGAGAGGAGGCCCGAGAGGACACCCCACCCUCCAGCGUGGCCUUUGAUCCGGACCUUAGGGACGAGGCUGUCACUGGUGGGCAUCCUCUGUUCCUCUUUGUGUGUUUGAAUAGUCUGAAAUGCUGUGAGUUUUUUUUUGUGAAUAAAGAUAUGAAACAAA